AAGAUGUCCCCUAAGUUAUGUACUGGGUGUUUCUGAAGUAUGCAACACCAUCGAAGACCAAGAUGAUAAAUUUCUGAAUAUAGAGGGGUCCACCCACAGCCACUUUGUCUUACCAGGGUCAGCUGAAGUCUGCUGUUCCCCAUCCUGGCUUCUGCAGCCUCCAGGCACUGCAAAAGAAUGCCAACUCACAUAUUUCACCUGGGACAGAUGGAUAUAAAGAGAACUGUUGAUACCUCAUCCCUUAGUGACAGAUGAAAUCACCUAAAUGUUUCAGUUUGCCCAAAUCCACAUUUUGGGAGGGAGUGGCAGUCAGAUGCAGUCAACAGGAAUGCAGUAAAAUGAGCCAUGAAUUGUUGCCUUUGUAUUGGAAUUCACGAUUUGAGAAUGGUGCUGUGGCCACUUUCAGCACUAUGGAUGAACAUUCAUUUCUCGUAAAACAAUAUAUCUGACUAUUUGCUCCAUACACAUGCAUACCCACAAUACAAUGACCAGUUCUCAGGAGCUCCUGAGCUGGUCUUCCUCUACAGCGAUUAUCAAUAAGAGUCCCAAUGAAGAUAAAAGCUUCAAUGAGAUGCAUGGGGAAUGUAUAUCCUCUGGUGUCCAUCCUUCAUCUGAAGACAUAGAAGAGGGAAGAGAAGGGGAGCUACCUCACAACAAUGCAUCAGAUAAUAUAAAUAGCCCAGUGCCCACAACAGUAUUAACCAGUGUAAGUGAAGAUUCCAGGGACCAAUUUGAAAAUAGUGUGCUCCAGUUUACUGAACAAGAUGAUUUAGAAACUACUGUUCAUCAGGGCAACGAUAACAAUAUAAGUGGACAGAACAAUCAUGCAACUGAAGACAUCAAAAUACAAUUUAACAGAACAGGAAGUGGAAAUGGUGGCUUUCUUGAGGGACUUUUCGGCUGCUUAAAGCCAGUAUGGAAUAUUAUAGGAAAAGCCUAUUCUACUGACUACAAACUACAACAACAAGAUACAUGGGAGGUUCCUUUUGAAGAGAUAUCUGAACUGCAGUGGUUGGGCAGUGGAGCACAAGGAGCUGUUUUCUUAGGCAAAUUUCGUACAGAGGAAGUGGCCAUCAAGAAAGUGAGAGAGCAGAGUGAAACUGAUAUCAAACACCUGAGGAAACUGAAACAUCCAAACAUCAUUGCUUUCAAGGGCGUUUGCACACAGGCUCCCUGCUACUGUAUAAUAAUGGAAUACUGUGCACAUGGACAAUUGUAUGAAGUGUUGCGAGCAGGUAGAAAGGUAACACCUCGUUUGCUUGUGGACUGGUCCACUGGAAUUGCUAGCGGAAUGAAUUAUUUACAUCUCCAUAAAAUUAUCCACAGAGAUCUCAAGUCACCCAAUGUAUUAGUUACCCACAAUGAUACGAUGAAAAUUUCUGAUUUUGGUACUUCUAAAGAACUCAGCGAUAAGAGUACAAAAAUGUCCUUUGCUGGAACAGUCGCUUGGAUGGCCCCAGAAGUGAUUCGUAAUGAACCUGUUUCUGAAAAAGUAGAUAUAUGGUCAUUUGGAGUGGUUUUGUGGGAGCUCCUCACUGGAGAAAUUCCAUACAAAGAUGUAGACUCUUCAGCCAUCAUCUGGGGUGUAGGUAGUAAUAGUUUGCAUCUUCCUGUACCCUCUACUUGUCCAGAUGGAUUCAAGAUUCUUAUGAAGCAAACAUGGCUGAAUGGAGAGAAGAAGUAAAGAAGCACUUUGAAAAGAUUAAAAGUGAAGGAACUUGUAUACACCGGUUAGAUGAAGAACUUAUUCGUCGUAGAAGAGAAGAACUCAGGCAUGCCUUGGACAUUCGUGAACAUUAUGAAAGAAAACUUGAAAGAGCCAAUAAUCUGUACAUGGAACUCAGUGCCAUCAUGUUACAGUUGGAAGUUCGUGAAAAAGAGCUCCUCAAACGGGAACACGCUGUGGAAAAAAAGUAUCCUGGGACUUAUAAGCGUCAUCCUGUCAGACCAAUAAUCCAUGCUAAUGCAAUGGAAAAAUUAAUGAAGAGAAGAGGACUCUCCCACAAAUCUGGGGGGCAGACAAAACGACCUGACUUGCUGAAAUCUGAUGGCAUAUCCAACACUGAAGUGGCCCCUAGUGGCUCUCCUCUCUCAGGCAGUCCCAAAAUGACAACAGUUAGUAGCAAAGGACGUUACCGUAGCAAACCACGCCACCGGCGAGGAAAUAGCAAAGGCAGUUACAAUGAGUUUACCGGCGUCUUGAAAAAUCAGCCAGCACAGGAUGACUUGGGCCAGCCAACUCACCAUCAUCACCACCCUCCCCAUCAUCACCUUCGACUUAAUAUACAUGGACAAGAUAUAGCCAGUUGUGCUAACAACUUACGGUACUUUGGUCCUGCUGCUGCCCUACGCAGCCCUCUUAGUAAUCAUGCCCAACGGAGGAUGUCUGGCUCUAGCCCUGAUCUUAUCUCUGCUGCUAUGGAAGCCGAUUCAAGGAGAAAUCUGGAGGUAAAGAAAGAUGGAGAGAAUAAAGCUGAUUAUUGGGAAUGCUGUCAAACAGAUACAUACAAUCUCUGUCCACAGUGCAGACUGGGAACAAAUGAGACAAAUCAACAACAAUCACUUGAUCCAGGGCUGGAACAGCCUGAAGGACCAUUGUAUGACUCAGUGUAUGCAAAUUCGGAGUUUCCUGCAAAGAAUAAAGAAGGUGAAUUCAGCAGCCACAGGUCAGUGUCUCCUCUUGGCUCCUCUCAUCUUGCAAGCACUCCAGGACUGCUGGGUAAAACUCGAUCCAUUCCGAAGAGUGGUGAUGAUUCUUCAGAAGAAGAAGGCGAAGUAGACAGUGAAGUGGAAUUUCCACGGAGACAGAGGCCACAUCGUUGCAUCAGUAGUUGCCAGUCCUAUUCAACCUUCAGUUCCGAGAACCUCUCUGUCUCUGAUGGGGAAGAGGGCAAUACCAGUGACCAUUCCAACAGUCUGGAUGAGCUGGCUAAUAGACGGGAAGAUUGUUUGGCUGAGAAGUUCGAUGACAUGCUGUCACAAACUCCAGAAAUCUCCAUUGAGAUAUCUACUCAGUCUGAUGGACUUUCAAUCCUGGGCAGUUUGGAGACUCGGGUGGUGAAUCUUCAGAAGAAGAUUGUUCUGAUGCAACUGUGAGAACCAGUAAAGUUUGUAACUCUGCAACCUUGUAAUGAUAAAUCUACUUUAGCCUCAUUAAUCUGAUCAACUGGCAUUUUGAUUCCACUCAGAAAAAAAAACUUUUUCAUUCCGUCUUUGAGAAGAUGCUUCUCCACCCCAUCAACUAUAUGAUCUGCAAUAACUUGAAUCUUUGGAGAAAUGUUCUGAUGAAUUGGUUUCUCAAUGAGCAUUUCAAUCAUGAAUGGCAGGGAUGUAUUUUACUGAAUAAUUGAACUGUUGUACCAUAUUUUUGGCAUUUUAACACUUUUUACUGAUCAAGAUGAUCACUGUCCAUAGGCAAAAUAAUUGGUUACAAAAAUAGAAAGAAAACUGAAAAAGAAUCAUUUUGAAUUUUAAGAGAGCAUGUAUAGACAGAAUAGAAUUUGUCAUUACUUGGCCAUAUGACUCUGAAGGGCUGACAGGUUAAAAACGCAGCAUUGAUUUCACUAAAACUGCAUGAGAUAACCUAUGAACAAAAAGUCAUUUGUAUAACCAGUGUAACUUUUUCAACAUAAAGUAUUCACAUUCCAGGGAAAGAGUAUCUGAGAUGCUGUUCCUCAGCAAAAGAAAAUGGAAAUUAAUGGUUUCAUUUUAAAAUUUAUUUUAUUGUUAGUUGAUUGCAAAAAUCUUACAAUUGCAAUUACAGCUUCUCUCCAUAUCGUCAUCAUACUGGUGUGAGGACAGCAGAUAAAAGUAUUGAAAGAUUGAUGGAUAGAUGCACAUACUGUUUUGCUCUGUUGACUUAUUCUCUUUAUAUUAUGCCUUUUACUUGGUUCCUUCAAUUAAAAAUACAUGUGUCAAAUUAAUGCUGAACACAAACCAUGGAAGAUAUAUAUAUACCUAUCCUGAGGACUUUCCUGAAGGAAGAAAUUAGAACUGUUCCCCCUACCGCUGGGGGAUAGUCCAGCCUAUGCCACAUAAUUUGUCUUCCUACUGUUUUCACUAAUAUGGUUUUGAUAGGAGAGUCACUUAUUAAGCUUGAUAGAAAGUUACAUAACCUUUUUUUUAAAAAAAUGGCAAUUGAUGAAAAUGCUCUUUGAAAUGGCUUGAAGGAACAUUAAGUCGUAUUGUAUUGUGGAUCUGGAUUGGUAUCCCUUUGUCUUUUUUUACAAAUAUGGUUUACCAUUCAUCCUAUUUCCUAUAACUAGAAUGUUCAAGAAGAGCAAAACAAGUAACACUGAAGUCUGGCUUUCGAAUCAAAGUGUUAAUCAUUAUCUUUCAAUGCUUCCUUCCUUCACCAUGUUGGCUAAAGAAUGACAUAAAGCAAGCCUUUUGGUCAGCGUAGCAGGAUUUAAGUUAAUGAGUAUCAAAUGCAUCCUUCACCCCAUCUGCAAAAUGAAAGGCAAGCAUGGGUUGACAUUUUGCUGCUGUUUGUUUACAUUUGAUUUGAUAUGAUUUUUUUAAACAGAUUAAUAGCCUUGUGACAAAAUGUAGAAAAUUCUUUAUUAAUAUUGAAGAACAGUAUUGUAUGAGUUAAAUUAUUCCAUACUUUAAAAAUUCUGUAGCUGGACUACACGAAUCAUAAAUUAUUUCAUUAUUUAUUAUAAUUUCUGUAGAUUAAUGAUAGGGCUUGUUGUACUGCAGCAUGUCAGUCCUACUUCAGCUAUGCUGUGGCCUAUACUCCAGGAGGAAUAGUAACCAAAGUGCUCUAUGUAUAAUGCAAUUUAAUAAUCUUACACAGGCCACACUGAUUUUACUCAAUUGCAGCAGCCAAUGGAAAACAAACAUGGCAUACUCUGAUAAAAAUUGCAUGUGCCAUGAGUGUAAAGUAUUUAAGAAACAAAUGAUGCUUCAGCAUGCAUUAGGUUCCCUGUUGCAGUCCAUAACACUGUGAGUUAUUGUCAGAUUGAAAUAUAAAAGAAUUUAUACCUGCUCACUUGAAGUGGCACCUCCUGCUAAAAUAAGAGAUUCCUCAAGUUUUAUAUCUGAGUGAACUGAGUUUUGCGUGUUCAGAACAAAAUUGCUUCUUGUGCAUUCUCUAUUUUCCCAAGGAGGAACUACUUUUUUAGGGAGAUCUAUAUACUGGUGAUACUACACUCCCCAUCAAUGUCAUUCCAACUAUAUGGGCCUGACCACAAUUGUCUAGGAAGAUUGCUGCAUCUGCCAGAUCCAUGGCAAAUCCCUAAUUCAGAAAUAUUAUUUGGUGCUUGAGCUAGGCAUUUUUUUAAACUGACAGGAACAACUAUCACGCCUUUUCCCUUUUUAGGUUCAAUCUUUCAUAAAAAUCUUUCUUUUAUCAGCACAUUAUGUGUCUGCAUUAUGAGGAUAAUCUCCAAACAAGUAUCUGCUUUGUAAGUAAUGUUAGCAAUAAAGACACGCCCUCCCUAUGGCUCCAGGUUGGAGUUUUAACAGCCCACAGAUAGCUAUGUGUUUGGAAAAGAAUGCUCCUUUUUAAAGAAAUGGCAAAAUAAGAGUGUCAGGAUUGACAAAUGCUACAUGCUGUUUUCCCCCUAAUAUGAAGUACUUAGGAUUGUUAUCUCAGUGCUAAUGUUAGCCCACUAUUUCUUCUAUGAGAAGUUCCACACUAAAGACUUGCUACCCUGGAAAAAGAAUACAGAAGUGUAGGACUUAUCAAUUUGACAGGCAAAAAUUAUCUGGGAUCCUGAAUGAAGGAUUUUCUUGUGAUGAUUUAAUUGCAGAUAUUGAGCCUGGAAUCUUAUGCAUGCAAAGUAUGUAUAUGGCCAAUAGUUUCUUCCCAGAAGUAGUCUCUACUUUAGUGGAGAAUGUGUCCAAUUUAAUUAUCUUUGAUGUAGAUACUGGUUGUUUCUUUUUUGGUAUUUGCACUUAUCCUCAUCUCCAAUGACAUGCUGCACAAUGUAAUUCUUCAAGAGACUAUUUUAUGAUUUAAGAAAUAAUUAGGAUGAGUAGGGUUUUCUAAAUCUUACACUCUCCUGCUAAUAUGUAGCCUCUGUAUCUCAUUAGACUGAAGACAUAGUAUUUUAACUUACCCAUAUCCAAAGAGCUCUAUUUAUUAGGAGACACUGGUUUAAAAAGCAGAAUGAAUUUGGGGGGCCCAGGAAUAUACUAUCUAGCAGAUAUUUUGGAUGAGUCUUAAUAUUUGUUAUUGAUCAAUUUACAAACAUUCCAAAUGGCUGGAAAUCCAUGGUUUUAGUUAUUAAAUACAAUAAAAGGAUUCUACUAGAUACAUUUUUACUAAAUUAUACCUAAAAUAGUUUGUUCAGCUGUGAACAAGCAGAAGAACUUUUGAAACUGAAAUUUUAACCAUGUGUGAUCAUCCUACUUUUCCCAGUUCAGUUGUCCUAUUUAUCACUUAUAACUUCAUAGCAUUCCCUAAAGCACAAAUUAAAAAUGUCUUAACAAAUAUAAUCUCACAAUUGCAAAGAGAUCCAAAUUAAGCAGUGUUAUUGCUAAUAAUAGUUACACUGACAGCUGGGCUAGAAGUUAUGAUCACUGGGGGAAAACAGCCAAUACAAAAAGUUCUCCUUCUGUUAUAAAGUUAGGUACAUAGGCAAUAGUUAUACUCCACCAUGAUGUAGCCUGACUCUAAACAGGAGAUGUUGAUUGUUGUGUUAUUACAACAGACCUGUGCAUGUUUUGUUUCAAGAACGAUAGAAUAAUUAAUUUAAAACUUUGGAUGUUGACGAAAUCCAUUUUAAAUAUUGGUCCAACAUACAUAGUUGAUUUUUUAGUAUAUGCUGGUUAUCUUUUUUAAAGCUUUCUCUUAAAUGUGAAGGUUAAAAAUUUCUUUUAAAUGUGGAAACAUUCUCAGGUGAAUUUGGGCAUUUAAAAAACCUUGCUGUAUUCUAUUGCCCCAAUAAAAAGUACUAUUUUGGCUUCUGGAGCAUUAGUUCCUAGCACUAAAUAUUAAGAGAGAUGAUCAGAGCUAUGGGGAUAGAUACUAAGACACAGAGAAUAUUAACUCCUUUUUCCAAGGAAGCAAGAGUUCUGUUUACUGGAAGGGAGCCACCAUAAUUUUUCACAUAUUAUACUGAAUUUUCAUUCAUAGAACCAGCUAGCACAAAAAAUGCAGUUUUGUAAUAGGAAAGGGAAAUAGUACUGUUAUUGUUGUAUUAAUUCUUUGAUAGAAUCUUACAGACUACAAAGGAAUAGCAGAAUUUAGAUUUAGUUCUUAGAUUAAAUUUUCAAACCAAAAGCCAUAAAUCAAUUCAUUUCAUUCAGUUUAUGACACAGUAUUGCCAUCUGUGAAUUAGUGUGAGUUUUCCUGCUGUGUUAUGACUGUUCUGUGCAAGGGCAUUACAAUAUUGUAACUACCUGAUGAAGGGGUUGACAGUGGCACAGCAUAAGAAUAAGCAAUGCAAACCAGAGAUAAGCUUUUGAUUGAAAAGCCUUCUUUGGCAUAUUUUCAUGAUUUUUACACUCUAUUCUUACUUGCUGGGUCCAGUUAUGGUACAAUCGAUAUGUUGGCUAAUGGUUAGUGGAAAUUAUUAUGUUUAUAUGUCAUAUAGAAUUAUAAUUUUAUCUUCUGUGCUGUCUUUUCUCCCUACUUUGAGGCAAACUUGAUUUCUUUUUGUAUUGAACAGUGUAUAACAAUUGGGAACAAAUGACUAUCAAAUAGAUGCAUGGAAUAAAAAGCCAGUGUACCUCA